UCAAUAACUCACAACGAGGAAAGUUAAAUAUUGAGAAGCGGGUAAGGUGAGCUGAAACUCAGUAACUAUGAGGUCAAUCACAGCUUCAUUCCGACACUAGCUACAUAUCAACUGGCAAGUCAGGUGAGAGGCGCCUUCCAGGAAACAGCCAGAUUCACUAGCACAGCUGAAUGGCUUAUAAUUUCAAAACUCUCGCCUGUAGUUUCCACUGAGGCUUUUCUUUGCUUGCGCAUUGGAACAUAUCAGGUUUGCAUAUGAUGAGCAGCGUCGGUUCAUGAGAACUGCUUAUAAAUGUCCACUAAAGCGGAUAGAGACUCACAGGUAGAUGUGACCCACCUAGAUUGUCGCCAAGCAGAAUGGGCAGAAGACACUGACGGCCGGGAGGUGAUGAGGACCGACGAAGCUCCAGCGCCUCGCAGGCUCAACCGCAGCCCGAAGUGCGCUCGCUGCAGGAAUCACGGCGUCGUGUCGCGCCUCAAGGGCCACAAGCGCCUGUGUCGCUGGCGUGACUGUCAGUGCGCGAACUGUCUGCUGGUCGUGGAGAGACAGAGAGUGAUGGCAGCGCAAGUCGCCCUCCGGAGACAGCAGGCCACAGAGGGUAAAAAAGGUCAAAAAAACACCUCUGUUCUCAGACACACAGCUUACCAGCGCUACACGAGGGCACCUAGUCUCCUGGCAAAGAGUAUUCUAGAGGGCUACAAGCCGCCUGUGUUAGAGGACUGGCCAAAGAGACUCCACCAACCCCCAGUCAGUGUUCGUAUGAGGAAGAGGAGAGCGUUUGCAGAUAAAGAACUGGAGACUGUGAUGCUGGAAAGAGAGCUGAGGCAAAGAGAGAUGGAAGAGUUGCCUGCGCUCCUCCUCCAGGCUGUGGUGCCGUCCGCUCCCUCUCCGUAUUUUUUCCCGCUGUCAGACCCAAUCAUGCCCACGUACAUGCCUGUGUCCAGAAGCGGCCCUCCUUUGACUGACUGUGAUCUCCCUCACCAACAACACACGCUUAAUUCCAAAACUCUAGACUUCGGCACAAACACACUGACAGACACUGUCUCUCUAAGAGUGUGUGAGAACUGGGACCUUUUCAAUUUGAUUCGGCCUCCACCGCGCUGUUACAGCACAAGCCCAGGCGUCGACAUGGGUAAAAACAUACCAGACAGCGGGUUUUCUGAUAUGUCUGUCAAACCAAAAAGUUUAGUUGUUGACACCAUGACAAAGCAAGACAUUCCUCCCUCAUCGAAUAUGGCAGACGUGCUGGUACAAGCUAAAUCGCCCCACAAACGCUGCAGGUCAUUGGGGCACGAGGCCUCUGUUCACAUGGACCGUAUGGAGGGUGCAAAUAAAGACCCCAUCAAAAAAGCUGUAACACGGCCAUUACCUUUUUCUGUAGAGGCAUUGCUCAUGAGAUAAGAUUUUUUUUUUUUAAAGCCAAGACUUUACAAUAAUGUUCAGUUUGUUAGCAUAAUGUAUUACAUUAACGGCCAAUGUAUUUUUUACACUAAUGUUGUAUAAUGUUAAUAUCUACAUACACUAAUACAUUUUUAACAAGUAAGAUAUUAACAUUACUUAUUUUAUUAUGAACGAACAUUAAGAAUUAACAAUGAGCAACAGCAUAUUUAUAAACUAACAUGAAUAUAGAUUAUGAAAUGCUGUUAGAAAGCUCAUUGUUAGUUCAUGAUAUGUGAUGUACUAAGUGAUGUUAAGGAAUGAAAAAUGUUUCAAUUUAUAUUUGAUUAUAAUUUAUCUAAAUUUACAGUAUCAUUUAAGCAGCUGAGCUUUUUUGUUUUUUAAUGUAAGCAAGUCAAGCAAAAAGAGGAAAUAAUCAAACACUUUCUUAAAUUGCACACUCUUUCUCAAGUAGUGCUGAGAAAUACAGUUUAUUUUAGUGAAUCUGUUCACUUGAACCAUUCAUGUAACUGAACCUGUUCAUAAACAGUUAACCAGUUUAUUUGUCCUUGUGCACACGUGUUUGUGUUCAUCAUUACAUUUCCUGUUCAGUUUUAUAUAUUCAAUGUUUAUAGUUGUAUUAUUUUGAAUUGUCAAUUUUUAUGCAAAGAUACAUUUUUAGGUUUAAGGAUUUAAAAGAUUCAAGUUGUUGGGAUGAAUCCAAACGUGUAACCCCUUUACUACUUAAAAUGGACUAGCUUGCUUGGCACGUGAGUUUUUAAUGAAGCGUCCCCAACACUGCACUGAAAAGUUAAAUAAUCAAUAACUUUCUUGUUUAAUAAAAUACUCUUGAUCAGA